AUGUGGCGAUUCUAUCCGACUCUCCUCUUGAUGGCGAUGGCGUCCCCUGUGCAAAGUGCUUCCCUGGAGCGGACGCCUCCAGGUCAGGAUGCCGUGAGCGAUAAUCCCCGGGAAUGUGUUGUCGAAACCCCUUUGAGAAUAAACCAGGGCCUCGUCAUACGAGACAAGAUGCCCGCCGGUUUCGAUCCGUCGAAGCCGUGUCGAACAACUCUGAGGAGCCCCGAAGGGAAGCUGCUCAAGGCGAAACUUGAUCUCGCAUUCCUCAACGGGAAUCGAGACUUCGUGCAAAUUACGGCGAAUCGAAACAUGUGGUACAUCUACAAAACGUGUGCUCCUUGUCACGAAGAAGUGAUAGAGAGUCCUGAGAUCACCAUUGAAUUUCUACUCACAAACAGCUCCAAGUUCCAAUUAAGGUAUUCGACGAACGAUGGCGCAUGUCCGUUCCUGAGGAUCGUUCCUCCUCUAGUCAUCAAGACACAGAGCAGCAUAACGAGAAAAAUCGGCUCGAAGUACCAAUUCGGCUGCUUGACCACGAAGGAUUACAGACUGAUCGGCAAGAACCAGAUUUUCUGCGAAGUUUCACCCAAUGGCACAGCGACUUGGAGUGCGCCCCUCCCGACAUGCCAAACGAUCUCAAAUUGCCCGAAAUUGGAGAAAACUUCCGAUGUUUCCGGUCACUUGUCUCUGCGGCACCAACAGGACGAAAACUAUCACUGCAGCUGGCUCAUCGACGCCUCGAGACUCGACGCGAGCUUCAUCGAGUUCGUCCCCAGAUACGAAUGGCUUGAUCUCGGUCAUUGGGAAGGCGUCGGGAGGCAUCGCGGAUUGGCUUUCUACGACGGGGAGGGUCGCUUGAAAGUGGACAGUGGAGUCGGGCUCCGCUAUAGAACUAGAGAUCCGAAAUUGAAAAUAUAUUUCAACCUUUCUGCGAAGGAAGCUGCACCCAACGCGUCGUUUACGAUCGAGUACGAAAUCGGGAGAAAAUCUUGCCCCACAAUCGAUGAGGAGGCGUUCCCGUUCGGGAGCAUAACCCUGACGAAUUCCUUCUUCGUGGGAUCGAGUGCCAAAUUCGAAUGCGCUCCCGGAUACCAUAUGCGGGGGAAACCUGGAGCUCUGUGCUUGAAGAGUGGAGACUGGAACUUCCAGUCGAUGCCGGAAUGCGUGCCCUUGAGUGCCGAGAUUAAUAACGACCUCAACGUUCUGACCGUCACUACCGAGGGGACAGUCACGGAAGAUUCGAGUCGAGGUGAGGGUCCUGCAUCGACCACGGAGAGGGACGUCCUCGCGUACACAGACUGGUCAAUCAGAGGGGUUGCGGCAAACGCUCCCAAGGGGCCGGCCCAGCCCGGUGUCACUACACCCGGUGUAGACUCUGACAUACACGGUGGAUUGAAUCGAGAAUCAGAGAUAUCAACGAGUGCGAUCUCAACCGAAUCUCCCAUAACGCCUGAGGGAGGUGAGGCUCCCAAUUUCAUCCCUAGCUUGAAAUCGAUCGAGGAUGGAGCUGCGGUCACUCCGGAUCCGAUUGAUGAAGUUCCCACGAUCGAAUCGCUGAACGGAAUCCUUCAGAGACUACAGAAUCUCGACGUUCAAAGAGAAGAGGACGUCUCAUUCCUCCUCAUCUUCGUCGCCAUCGUCAGCUUAGCUACUUUAGUUGUUGUUCUUUUCAGUCUCGUUGUCAGACACAGAUGUAGGGAAAAAAUUCCGCGUCGAGAAAACCCAUUGUACACGGGUGCACCCGCCCGUAGAAUCCAAAACGUCUCUUUUCGACCAAAUGGCAAGCACAAAAGAGCUGCUCAACAACGGAUCUACUCCUGAAGCCCUUAACACCAAAAUGUUCCGAUUUAGCCAAGUUCCGAAACCAUUACAGAAGGCUUCCACAUUGUUCUCUUUUUGCUGUCCAUCAAGGCGGCUCGCGGCGAUAUUUUCUAUCUGCGUGCUGUGUACAUAUAAAUGAGAUGCCAUAUAUCUGAUCGUAUAUUUGUGUACAAGAGAGAGGGAAUCCGAAGCGAACUUUUCGGAAUCCCCGCCUUCCGUCAGUGUAAAUAAUAUUUAUGAAAUGUGUUGAUAAAAUGAUGAACAUACUGAUUGAGCGAACUCUUCCGAGGUGUUGGCUCGGUGAUUCUUCUGAUAACUCUUGAGAUAGAAAGUCGGAACAAAUGAUUGUACGCAUAACUAGAGCAUAAUGAGAAUAAAGACAAGUGGAUGCAGGAGA